AGAUGUAUGGAGUUCUCAGAGGACGUGGUUUUGUACUGAAUGGAAUAGCUAGAAAUUUUCAGGCAAAGGAAAGAUGUCUUUUGCGAUUGAGUGCACAGUUUUCUCGAAAAAGAACUGUUGCUUCGCACUAUUCCGCAUAUUCAGCUUCGUCUACUGGGUCCGGCAUGAAUACUACGUUACUUAUCGGUAGUGGAGUGUGCCUAAUUGGCGUUUCCUUUGCUGUGUAUCAACUUGGUAUUUUUAAUACAUAUCAGAAAAAGUCAUCUAAAUCUACACAAAAUGCAAACAAAACUGUAGAGGACAUUGAGAGUGCUCAAGACAGUUCAGCACCAAAUACAGUAACACAGAAAACUGAUGAUGAUUUGUCUUCACAAAAAGCUGCAAUUGUGGAAGAGCUACCGAUCUUACCAAAGCAUGUGCAGUAUAUAUUGAUUGGAGGUGGAACAGCUUCAUAUACUACUAUGAAGACAAUUCAAGAGCACGACUCUACUGCAAAGAUUUUGAUUAUUUGUGAAGAGGAAUUUGCUCCAUAUAUGCGACCUCCCCUUUCCAAAGAGCUAUGGUUUACUGAUGAUCUGUCUGGUGCUGCUCGUUCUCUUAAUUUCAAACAAUGGGAUGGUCAGGAAAGGAGUUUGUUUUACAAAGAGUCUAAUGUUUUUCUUCAACCAGUGGAACUAAAUGACAGCAAUGGAGUGGCAAUUAUGACUGGUAGAAAGGUUGUUUCUGUUGAUGCUGAUGGUCAAUGUAUUACACUGGACCAUGGUGGUAGCAUUGAAUACGACAAGCUACUUAUUGCAACUGGAGGUAGACCAAAGAACUUAACUGUGUUUCAACAGUCAUCUGAAGAUAUCAAGAAAAGAGUUACUCUUUUUAGAGAUAUAUCAGACUUUCAAAAUUUGGUCAAUGUCUCACAAAGAGCACAGUCUUUCCUUGUGGUAGGAGGAGGAUUUCUUGGAAGUGAGUUGGCAUGUGCUCUUGGAUUCCAAGCAAAAAGGACUGGACAGACAGUAACUCAAGUGUUCAGAGAAGAAGGCAACAUGUCAAAGGUGCUACCUAAGUAUUUGAGUAUUUGGACAACUGACAGAGUAAGAGAAGAGGGUGUUGAUGUUCAGCCAAAGACAGUGAUUUCGUCUAUCAUGCUAAGGGAUGGCCGCAUUGUUGCAGUAACUGAUGGUGGCAAAGAGUUGGUUGCUGACCAUGUUGUUGUUGCUGUCGGCAUUGAUGCCAACACUGACUUAGCAGAGUCAGCUGGUUUGGAAACUGACCCACAGUUGGGUGGUUAUCGAGUUAAUGCGGAGCUUGGAGCUGCAUCCAACAUUUGGGUGGCAGGUGAUGCUUCAUGUUUUUAUGACAUCAAACUUGGUAGACGUCGUGUGGAACAUCAUGACCACGCCGUUGUUAGUGGUCGUUUAGCAGGAGAAAACAUGACAGGAGCAGCCAAGAAAUACAGGCACCAAUCUAUGUUUUGGAGUGAUCUUGGUCCUAAACUGGGAUACGAAGCUAUUGGGCUUGUUGAUUCAUCUCUUUCCACAGUUGGUGUGUGGACUUUUGCAACUGCACAGGACACACCAGCAGCAGCAACUGCCGAGAGUGGCAGCAAUAUUCGAUCUCAGCAAGAAGAGGAAGUAGCAACAGUAUGUGAAAUGGAGUCUUCUACAGAGUCUAGUGGACCUCCUGCAUUAUCUACUGCUGUUGAUGUUGGGUCAUCGAUAUCAGAGUUAGCAUCUUCUAGUGCUGACAAUGAUUUGGCAGGAUUGACAUCUCAAGAAGACAUGGUUGAAAUUCCAAGCAACUUUAGUAAAGGCGUAGUAUUUUAUGUGCGGGACAAGAUGGUAGUUGGUGUUGUUUUGUGGAAUCUCUUCAAUCAGAUGCCAAUAGCAAGACGAAUUAUUGAGGAAGGCAAGAGAUAUGGAGAAGCGACAGACUUUCAUGAACUGGCAAAGGCACUUCACUUAUAUGGUGACAACAAUUAGAGGUACAAACGUUGAUUACAGACGUCUUACUAUUGUUAUGUGCAUUGUUAAGGCUAUUAUGAGAGUACAAAGUAUUGUAUUUGUAGUUUUGUCGACUUGUCUUUAUGUUUUGUUUGUAAUUUUGUCAAUAAUGUGAUGAUAAGGGGAGUCAUCUA